GGGUCAGAUGUCUUAAGGGAAGGUAAUAGCAGUGUACUAUCUGCCCCCACCCUGUUCAAACUGCAAACCCCAGUGGAGGGAGAUUUUCUGGACGUUUAAUAACCAGAAUGCCCGGCCCAAUGUGGUUCUGGAGGGCCGAUGCUGCUACCAGUUUUCUGAGGGCAGCAAGAUCAGGGAACUUGGACAAAGCUUUGGAUCACCUGCGGAAUGGGGUAGAUAUUAACACCUGUAACCAGAAUGGGUUGAAUGGUUUGCAUCUGGCUUCUAAAGAAGGCCACGUGAAAAUGGUGGUUGAGCUUCUGCACAAGGAAAUCGUUUUAGAAACCACAACAAAGAAGGGGAACACAGCCUUGCACAUUGCUGCCCUAGCAGGUCAAGAUGAAGUGGUCCGGGAACUCGUCAACUAUGGAGCUAAUGUCAACGCACAGUCUCAGAAAGGCUUUACGCCUCUCUACAUGGCAGCACAGGAAAAUCAUUUGGAAGUUGUUAAGUUUCUGCUGGAAAAUGGAGCAAAUCAAAAUGUUGCUACAGAAGAUGGCUUCACACCAUUGGCUGUGGCCUUGCAGCAGGGUCAUGAGAACGUGGUGGCUCACCUGAUCAAUUAUGGGACAAAGGGAAAGGUGCGUCUGCCAGCCCUUCAUAUCGCAGCCCGGAACGAUGACACAAGAACUGCAGCUGUUCUACUCCAAAAUGACCCAAAUGCAGAUGUGCUGUCCAAGACAGGAUUCACCCCGCUCCACAUAGCAGCCCACUAUGAGAACCUCAAUGUGGCCCAAUUAUUACUAAACCGGGGUGCCAGCGUAAAUUUUACACCACAGAACGGCAUCACUCCCCUGCACAUUGCUUCUCGCAGAGGGAAUGUGAUUAUGGUGCGGCUCUUGCUGGAUCGCGGCGCUGAGAUAGAAACGAGGACCAAGGAUGAACUGACUCCUCUCCACUGUGCAGCUAGAAAUGGGCAUGUGCGAAUCUCAGAGCUCCUGCUGGACCAUGGGGCACCCAUCCAGGCCAAAACCAAGAAUGGCUUGUCCCCCAUCCACAUGGCAGCUCAAGGUGACCAUCUAGAUUGUGUGCGGCUCUUGCUACAGUACAAUGCAGAAAUAGACGACAUCACCCUGGACCACCUGACACCUCUCCACGUAGCGGCCCACUGCGGCCACCAUAGAGUGGCAAAGGUGCUGUUGGAUAAAGGGGCCAAACCCAAUUCCAGAGCCCUGAAUGGCUUCACGCCCUUACACAUCGCCUGUAAGAAGAAUCACAUCCGCGUGAUGGAGUUGUUGCUGAAGACGGGAGCUUCCAUAGAUGCAGUCACUGAGUCUGGACUGACCCCACUCCAUGUAGCAUCCUUCAUGGGGCACCUUCCCAUUGUGAAGAAUCUUCUUCAGCGGGGAGCAUCACCUAAUGUCUCCAAUGUGAAAGUAGAGACACCACUGCAUAUGGCAGCCAGAGCUGGGCACACAGAAGUAGCCAAAUAUUUACUUCAAAAUAAAGCCAAAGUUAAUGCCAAGGCCAAGGAUGACCAGACCCCACUUCACUGUGCAGCUCGCAUCGGUCAUACAGACAUGGUGAAACUUCUCCUAGAAAAUAAUGCCAACCCCAACCUCGCCACAACUGCUGGACACACCCCUCUACACAUCACAGCACGAGAGGGUCAUAUGGAAACAGCCCGGGCCCUACUAGAAAAGGAAGCUUCCCAGGCUUGCAUGACCAAGAAAGGAUUUACCCCUCUCCAUGUUGCUGCUAAAUAUGGAAAGGUAAACGUGGCCGAGCUGCUGUUGGAAAGGGAUGCUCAUCCAAAUGCAGCUGGAAAAAAUGGCCUCACCCCUCUCCAUGUGGCUGUCCAUCACAAUAACCUGGAGAUUGUGAAACUUCUGCUUCCUCGAGGGGGCUCUCCACACAGUCCUGCUUGGAAUGGCUACACCCCUCUACACAUCGCUGCCAAACAGAACCAGAUGGAACUUGCUAGCAACUUGCUACAAUAUGGGGGGUCCGCAAAUGCCGAGUCAGUACAAGGUGUGACACCCCUUCACCUUGCUGCCCAAGAGGGUCAUGCAGAAAUGGUCGCUCUGCUACUUUCAAAACAAGCUAACGGCAACCUCGGAAACAAGAGUGGUCUCACUCCUCUCCACCUGGUAGCUCAAGAGGGCCAUGUGGCCGUAGCAGAUGUGCUGAUCAAACAGGGGGUCACAGUGGAUGCCACCACCCGCAUGGGCUAUACCCCGUUACAUGUGGCCAGCCAUUAUGGAAAUAUCAAGCUGGUAAAGUUCCUGCUACAACACCAGGCAGAUGUUAAUGCAAAGACCAAGCUAGGAUAUACGCCCUUGCACCAGGCAGCUCAGCAAGGACAUACAGAUAUUGUGACCCUGCUACUGAAGAAUAGUGCUUCCCCCAAUGAAGUCAGUUCGAAUGGAACUACUCCUCUGGCCAUUGCCAAACGCCUCGGCUACAUUUCUGUAACUGAUGUACUGAAAAUUGUGACAGAUGAAACUGGUGUUGUGUUAGUUAGCGACAAGCACCGAAUGAGUUUCCCAGAGAGAGUGGAUGAGAAUCUGGAUGUCUCUGAAGAUGAAGGAACUGCUCAUGUAACUAUAAUGGGGGAGGAACUCAUGGGCUCCAAACCUGAGAAGCAGGAUUCCAGGGACGUAGAUGAAGAAAAGGAGCUCCUGGACUUUGUGCCCAAGCUAGAUCAAGUGGUGGAAUCUCCAGCCAUUCCCAGGAUUCCAUGUGUCACACCUGAGACUGUGGUAAUCAGAGCAGAAGAGCCAGAACAGGCAUCUAAAGAAUUUGAUGAAGAUUCAUUAAUUCCCAGCAGCCCAGCAACAGAGACCUCAGAUAAUAUUAGUCCUGUGGCCAGCCCAGUACAUACAGGCUUCCUGGUGAGCUUCAUGGUUGAUGCCCGUGGGGGUUCCAUGAGAGGAAGUCGGCACAAUGGCCUGAGGGUCAUCAUCCCACCCCGGGCAUGUGCGGCACCCACCCGCAUCACUUGCCGCCUGGUCAAGCCCCAGAAGCUAACCACACCACCUCCCCUGGCUGAGGAAGAGGGUCUGGCCAGCAGAAUCAUUGCCUUGGGGCCAACAGGAGGCCAGUUCCUGAGCCCCGUGAUUGUGGAAAUCCCCCACUUUGCCUCCCAUGGUCGAGGAGACCGAGAGCUGGUGGUGCUUCGGAGUGAGAAUGGUUCCAUGUGGAAGGAGCAUCGGAGCCGCUAUGGAGAGAGCUACCUCGACCAAGCCCUCAACGGGAUGGACGAAGAACUGGAGAGCUUAGAGGAGCUGGAGAAGAAGCGGGUUUGCCGGAUCAUCACCACAGACUUCCCCUUGUAUUUUGUGGUCAUGUCACGCCUCUGUCAAGACUUUGACAUGAUUGGCCCUGAAGGGGGUUCUCUAAAGAGCAAGCUGGUCCCCAUGGUGCAAGCAACCUUUCCUGAAACUGCAGUUACUAAGAAAGUCAAACUGGCUCUCCAGGCUCAACCUGUGCCAGAUGAAUUAGUCACCAAACUUUUGGGCAACCAAGCAACAUUCAGCCCAAUUGUGACCGUGGAACCCCGGCGGAGGAAGUUCCACCGCCCCAUAGGGCUCCGGAUCCCCCUACCUCCUUCUUGGAAAGACAAUCCCCGGGACAGCGGGGAAGGGGACACCACAAGUCUCCGCCUGCUCUGCAGUGUCAUUGGUGGAAUAGCACAAGCCCAGUGGGAAGAUAUUACAGGAACUACCAAGUUAGUCUAUGCCAAUGAAUGUGCCAACUUUACCACUAAUGUUUCUGCAAGGUUUUGGUUGUCUGAUUGCCCGCGGACAGCCGAGGCUGUAGACUUUGCCACGCUGCUGUACAAAGAGCUGACUGCCGUGCCAUAUAUGGCCAAGUUUGUGGUGUUCGCCAAGAUGAAUGAUGCACGAGAGGGACGGCUACGUUGUUACUGCAUGACAGAUGACAAAGUAGACAAGACCCUCGAGCAACAUGAAAACUUUGUUGAAGUAGCCCGGAGCAGAGAUAUUGAGGUAUUGGAAGGAAUGCCCCUCUUUGCAGAGCUCUCUGGGAACCUGGUACCUGUCAAAAAAGCUGCUCAACAGCGGAGCUUUCACUUCCAGUCUUUUCGUGAAAACCGUCUUGCCAUAGCUGUGAAGGUUAGGGAUAGCAGUCGAGAAGCAGGAGGAUCUCUGUCAUUUCUGCGAAAAGCGAUGAAAUAUGAGGACUCUCAACAUAUCCUCUGCCACUUGAACAUUACAAUGCCCCCAUGCACCAAGGGAAGUGGAGCUGAUGAUAGGAGAAGGACUUUAACUCCUCUGGCCUUGAGAGAAAGAUAUAGCCUCCUCAGUGAAACAACCCUUGGUUCUCUCAGUGGGACAGAUAGGGCAGAUAUGAAAAUGGCUAUUAUAUCAGAGCAUCUCGGGCUCAGCUGGGCAGAACUGGCUCGCGAGUUGCAAUUUGGCGUGGAAGAUAUCAACAGGAUACGUGUGGAGAACCCCAACUCCUUGUUGGAGCAGAGUUCAGCCCUGUUGAACCUCUGGGUCAUCCGUGAAGGCAAAAAUGCCAAGAUGGAAAAUCUUUACACGGCCCUGAGGAACAUUGACCGGAGUGAGAUUGUGAACAUGUUAGAAGGCUCUGGCCGGCAGAGUAGAAGCCUGAAACCAGACAGGCGGUAUGCAGACCGGGACUACUCCUUAUCACCGUCCCAGAUGAAUGUUUCCAAGAAAUAUGAGCCCGGGACCCCCUGAAGUCCUUGGUAGCCUAUGAGCACUGGACACCAGCCACAUGUGAACAUAGCCCAAAGCAGUUCCUCACCAAAGCCAGACUCAUCGCUCUACAGGCUCCCACAUGAACACCCAGCUGCCCUUUUCCCACCCAGAUACCAUCCAUUGCUCUGAGCCCUUGACUUUAUUGUCCAAUCAGAACCAGAUUAAAAAAACAACGACCACCAAAAAACCUCUGUGUUCUCCCUGCCCCUUCUUCUCUUCAAGCAGGCAGCCUCCGUGUCUGGGUCUCCUCAGUGAAGGGGAAGGAUCCAAGCCUGGUUGGGAGCGGGGGAGGAGGAAGAGAGCUGGAACUGAGCAGUCUCCACCAGUCUCUUCCUCCUGAGGCCGGGUAGUUUCCAAAGGGAAGCUUGCCCUUGGAACCACAAGAGAAUCACCAUGUGGGUUAUUUGUGCUGGUGCCAGGCCUGCCCUGUUUAAUUGAUAACUGCAAUCUUUGCAUCUGUUCCCUCUGUGCCUUUGCCAGGCUGCCUCUCUAUUCUGUGUCUAAGCCUUGAACAUGAAUUUGGGCUGGGGCGUAAGUGGUGCUGGAUGAUAAUGGUGAGUUAGUCCCGUCUUCCUUUGCCAGUCUCAGAGAAUCUUAGACCCUAAGUAACCACGAAGGGUUUCUCAGCCUUCCUUCCCACAUAGAUUCUUCUUACCAUACAAUAGGAUGUGAAGGAGAAAAAGGGACAUUGAGGAAAAAUGCAGUUUGUUCCCCUUUCAGAUGCAUACAAUUGUUUUUAAUUAACAAAAAACAUAUAUAUUCAAAGGGCAUAAUUCAAAACAGAGGCCUUAUAGAGCUAUUGAGGAUUUCAUAUAUAAUGUCUCAAAGAAAAUGAAGAAAAAACUUAAUAAUUCCAAAGAAUUAGCCCUUUCUUCACCAUCCUAUCCUGCCAAAUAAAAGCAAAAUUGAUUUCACAAACACAGACGUAUAAGCAAAUAAAUAAUAUAAAUAUGUAUCAGUUCUAUUGGAUACUUUGAUAGAUUCAUUCCUUUGUUUUAAUGAUAAAUUGUUAACAUGUCCUUCAGCCUAAUGAACAUUUAUUAAGCACCUAUGAUGUGCCAGGCACUGUGCAAAGGAAGGUAAAAAUAAGGUCUCUUCCCUCCAGAAACUCACAAUCUAACAGGAGACAACAUGCAAAUGACUCUGAGCACACAGUAUAAAUGAAAAAUAGUGGCACUAGCAACAAUAAUACUGGGAAAAACCUGCCUAAGGUGCGAUUUCAGCAGUUUGGAAGGAAGCUAGGGAAGCCAGGAGGGGAGGAGGGAGAGCAUUCCAGGCACGGGCGACAGACAAUGCAAAGACAUGGAAUUGGGAGACAAUGCAAAGACAUGGAAUUUGUGUGAAGAGCAACAAAACUGGAUCAUAGAGUGCGUGGAAUGAAAGGUAAGGAAAUUGAAAAGUUAGAAAGGGACUAGUUUGGAAGAUCUUUAGAUGACAAGAGCAUUUUCUUUUUGAUCCAAUGGGGAGCCACUAGAGUUUAAUAAGUAGGGUUAUGGCUCGGUCAGCCCUACCAUCUUAAGAAAAUCAUGUUGGCUAAUGAGUGGAAAAUGGAAUGGUGUGGAGAAAGAUUCAGGCAGGGAGACCAAGCAGAAGGACAUUAUAAUUGUCCAAAUGUGACAUGAUGAGGGUCUGUACCAGGCAGGGCAGCUGGGUGAAUGGAGAAAAAUGAGAUGUAAAUCAGGUAUGUUGUAAAGAUAAAAACAACAAGACUUGGCCAUGGAGUAGAUAUAUGGGGUGAGUCCAAGUGAGAAGUAGAGGUUGACAUCAAGUUUAUAAGCCUGGAUGACUGGGAGAGUGGUGCUGAUUUUAAUAUUAAUAAGAAAAUUGAGGGCAGGAGUCAGUUUAGUGGGAGGAGAAAAAUAAUGAGUUCUGUUUUAUAUCUGUCAAGUUUGAGAUGCCUAUGAAAUACCCAACCUAAAAUAUCCAAAAGAUAGGCCAUGAUGUGAGACCGGACCUCAAGAAAGAAAUUAGGAUUUAAUAUAUAGAAUCUGGGAUUCAUGUGUAGAGAGAUGAUAAAUUAAUCCAUGAUUGCUUAUGAGAUUGUAUAAAGGGCGAGAAGAGGGCUUGGUACAGAGCCUUGGAGGACAUACUAUUAGUGGGCAUGAUCAGCAAAAGAUGCUGAAGAGUUGUCAGACAGGUAAGAGGAGAAUUAGAGAAAAGACUGUCACAAAAACCUAGAGAGGAAAAAGUAUCCAACACAAAGUGAUUGACAUCUCAGAGGCUGCAAAAAGAUCCAGAAGGAUGAGGAUUGAGAAAAGGUCAUUAACUCUGGCAACUGAAAUCAGUGGAAUAGUUUCAGUUGAAUGGGGUCAGAAGCCAGAUUGCAGAUGGUUUAGAAGAGAGAAAGAGAAGGAGAAAUAGAGGCACCUUAUAUGAAUAGUUUUUACCGAGGAGUGUAGCUGAGAAGAAAGGCAGCAAAAUGACGUUGUGGGAAGAUGUAUCUUCAUGAGUUCAAAUCUUGCCUCAGAACUUGCUAGCUGUGUGACCCUGGGCAUGUCAGUUAAUCAGUUUCCUCACCUAUAAAAUUAUUUGGAAAGGGAAUUGGCAAAUCACUCCAGUAGUUUUGCCAAGAAAACCCCAAAUCAGGUCACAAAGAAUUGGAUAUAAUUGAAAUGAAUCAAAAACAAGUAACUGAGAAGGGAAGAAGAAAUAUGGGAUGAUGGCAAGAAGAGAUGGACUGAUCAAAUGAGGGCUUUUUGAUAAGAAAUGUUUGUAGGAAGGAAGAAAGGAAUCAGUAGAUAGAGACUGAAAGUUAAAGAAAGUGGAUAUGAUGGAGGGGGUGAUCUGCUGGAGAAGAUGGGAAGGAUAGAUCCAAAAGUUCAUGUAAAGGAGUUAUCUUGCUUAAGGAACAAGAAUACUUCCUCAUCUAAGAUAAGGCUAAGAAGGAAAUAGUAAGGAAAGUCAUUUAUGAUUUGCAAUAUAAGGAAGAAAAAAGAGGGAGCUCAUGAAGAAUGGCCUCCAUGUUUUCAGUGAAGUAUGAAACAAGGUUUUCAAGUGAGAAUUCCUAUUCCUUUGACAACACAAAAGUCCUUCCCAAGUAUGGGGGCGGGGGGGCAUUUGCCAAUCAUAGGGUAAUUUUUCAGUUUUCAGUUUCUGACCAAACAUCAAUUUGUAGAAUCAUAGAGUCUCAGGGUGAUCUAGUACAACCAACACCCAAUCAGGAAUUUCCUCUGUCAUUUAGUAGAGGCAACAUGGCAUAGUAGAUAAAAUCAGGAGGACCUGGAUUUAAAUUUCGUCUGCAUAAUAUACAAUAUUAGUCAAUCAAGUAUGAAUAUAUAAUGUAGUCUAAGAUCUAACUCCAAAUUCUGUGAUUCAGACAAGGGUUGUAAGAAUUAUGAGAUGAAGGGCAACUAAGUGGCACAAUGAAUAGAAUUACUGGUCCUAGAGUCAGGAUAACCCGAAGCUCAUACACUUACUAGCUGUGUGACUCUCAGCAAGUCAUUUAAUCCUAGUUGCCUAAAAGCAAACAAACAAAAAAGAAUUAAGAGAUGAGAAAAGAAAAGGAUGGUGUAAUGUAAUAGAGUAGAGAAUUUGAGAUCAGAAUAUUUGGGGUUCAAUGCAAGCUCUGUUACAUUCAGGAUGACUUUGUACAAGUGACCCUUGUCUGGUCCUCAAUUUCUUAAUCUCCAAGUGACAGAUUUUAACUAGAUGAUUUCUAAGGUUCUUUCUAGCUCUAAAUCUAACGAGGCUUCCUGAAGGUGAUAUCUCGAUCCAAAUCUUGGAGGAUGGAUGGGAUUUAGAUAAGUAAGGAGAGGAAAGGACGUUCCUAGUCAAAAGGGGACUACAUUAAAAAAUGUGAAAGUGGGAAUAAACAUGAGUGUUUAGGGACAGUGACAUGAAGAGCAACGUUCACUCCCCAGGCUGCCUGUUCCUACAUUAUAUACAUGCACAUUCCAUAUGUGUAUGCUCAAAUAUAUAUAACCACAAAUGCAAAUACAUACAAAUACCAUAAAUACUUUAUGUGUCUAUGCAUAUAACACAUAUACUGCAAAUACACAUUAUCUUUACACCCCAUACUCGCAUUUACAUAUAGGUACUCAAGCAUGUACAUAUCUAUGAUAAACAUACUGAACAAUCAAUAUUAUGUGCACAUUAAAUUCGUAUAUAACACAUGCAGUGCAAAUGGCACUUAUAUAAUAUAUGCCAAAUAUAUUUGGUAUCCAUUUAUAUGAGUUUCAUAGUCAUUAUUGAAACUCAGGGUCACCAACAGGCAACCCAUAAUUUUGCAAAGGCUCUUGUUCUAGCCAGACAUAGACUAUGCAAAUGAAGUGACAGUCCAUUUAGAAAUACCAAAAAGCAAAAACAAAACCAGAAUGGUCUAAAUAGCUCCAUAGAUUUGGGGGUUGUUGGAAUUAAUUAGCAUUAAUCUAGUUCUAUCUUUGGGAGCUUGGGACUAGAAUGAAUGGUUUAGGGCUUAUCAGGAUGGAGAGAGGGAAAAAGGGACCCUGGGGGUGGAGCUGAAAAACACUGCCCUAGAUGAAGGGGAGGGAGGAAUAGAUAGAUAUCCGUAGGUUAAAAAAAAAAAAAAAAAAAAAAGAACAACCACCAGAUAUUCACAUGUAAAAAAAAAAGAUAGAUAUAAAGAAUAAAUUGAUAUCCAUAGGUAAACAUAUAUAUAUAUA